AUGCCCACGACUUACAAAAGGAAAAAUGAAGAGACAGCUAAAUGGAGUGCCGGUUCUUUAAGAAACGCAAUUGAAUGUGUACAAAAUCGUACAAUGGAUGUAAAUGAAGCCGCCAGACAAUUUGGAAUACCUAAAACAACGCUAAAAGAUAGGAUUAAGAAGGAGGACGCAAUAAAACAACACAGAUUAGGUCUGUCAUCAGCGUUGGGAGAAGAUUCAGAACUAAAAUUGGUGCGACACAUAAAAAAUUGCAAACAUUUGGAUUUGCACCAGAUCAGGAAUCCGUCAGAAUAUGGGCUUUUCAACUUGUAG